AAUAUUAAGCAACGGACUGACCCGUGAGGCGAGAAGUCAUUCAGCAAAUAUCGCACAUUAAAUUUAAAAUAGGCCACCGUUUAAAAUUUGGCAUGCAAUUAUAUAAACCGAAUGAAAUAAUGCGUUUUUUCAGACACGAGUGGGAGGCUUAAUGUAGUGACGAGGAUAUUUCUAUUAUAUAUAUAUUUAUAUGUUCUUCUCUUUAAAGUGACCAUUAUUUUGGAAAACAAUCACAGCAGAGAUAAUGUUGCUCACAGCUCGCAGCCUGUCCAAAGUGCUCCAGCUCACCCUGGCGGUCAUUAAACCGGAUGCUGUAGCUCAUCCUCUGAUGUUAGAGGCUCUUCACCAGAGAAUCCUGGACAACAACUUUGUGAUCGUUCGAUACAAAGAUCUCGUUUGGAGGAGACAGGACUCUGAGAGGUUUUACGCUGAACAUUCAGGGCGAUUCUUCUACCAAAGACUUGUUGAAUUUAUGUCGAGUGGUCCCAUGCGUGCAUACAUUUUAGCCAGAGAGGACGCCAUACGUCACUGGAGGGAGCUCAUGGGACCGACCAAAGUGUUCAGAGCCAGAUUCACCUCGCCUGCCUCCAUCAGAGCUCAGUAUGGACUCACAGACACACGGAACACCACUCACGGCUCAGAUUCUGUUGAGUCGGCACAAAGAGAAAUCCUUUUCUUCUUCCCUGACUUCUGCACAGAGGAGUGGCUGGAGAAAGAAGAGCCAUCAUUCAGAUCGGGACAAAUUCAUUAUGACCAACAAAAACAAAUUCACACACUAUCAGAGCAAAGUUGACCCUAGAACUGCUGUGUCGACCCCCUGAAGGACCACUUAGUCACUUUGCAGUCAUUGUUCAUACAAAGUGCAAGCUGCAACAGAAGGUGCUACAAUGCUAAACGCUAUAUAUGAUGCAAACUGGGGAAACCUAAAAAUCAAAAAAGUGCAUGUGUAACAUUUUUGAUUUGCUAUCAGUGUUCCUCAAAGUACCAACACGUCUAUCUCAUGUUUCUGUCAUUAAACUUUUUUAUUUUUCUUGAAUUGACCUCUGUAGGUUUUAGAACCUUUUGUAAAGGAACGUCAAAUAAGCACUGACAAUGUUUAGGUCGAGUUUAUUGUCGUUAUAAAACACAAAUGACUAGAUAUGAAAAUGUAACACUGUUUGGUACAAAACAACACGAUGAAGUAAGACCAUUUUUCUCACAUUGUCAUCACAAAAUCCCAUCAGGCUUCACUGUAAAUAGUGCAAUCUUCACCUUCACCUUCCUGAGCCAUACAGAUUGUAGCACAGCACAUGCCGCGCAUCAGUGAGAAAGAACUGAAAUCCUUCCUGUAGUGUUGAUUAAUUCUGUUGUAAUAGCUUCAAAAAUAUUUAUCAUAGCAUAUGUUAAAAUUGGGCUUUAGAUGCUGUACAGUUCACUGCAGGGAUUUGAAAUGUGCCAUAUCAGCUUUUCUUCAAUGCUCUCAAACAUUCUGCUGUGCUUAACCCUGAAGUCUUUCAUUUUGGUUUGAUCCUUCAAGUUAAAUGUUGUGUUUUAAAUGUUCUCUGAUCAACAGUUUAACAUUUCGAUGUCUUCAAUGUGUCAAAGUACAGUUCAACGUUGUAACAGGCACCAUAGAAAUACAUAAGACAGAUUAAAGUACAACACAGCCUCGUU